UUGACUAAAGAUUUGUUGUUUUGAAAGUGACACGAAGACAGAUACCCCAGCUAGCUUUAGUUGUAUUUCUCUCCUAUCCAAACGAAUCCCAAAAAGUGGUAACUGGAAAAAUGUCGGCCAUCGAAGAACUUCAAGCCAUGUUGGCCCAAAUGAAAGAGGAACUGGCCCAGCAGCGUAUGGAAAAUCAAAAGGCUCGCCAACCUAUUGAGAAAAUGUCUGCAGAAGUGGUUGACUCAAAUCCCUAUAGCCGUCUGAUGGCCCUACAACGUAUGGGCAUUGUUAAAGACUACGAACGGAUACGUGAGAAGGCUGUUGCCGUAGUGGGCGUUGGUGGUGUUGGCAGUGUCACCGCGGAUAUGUUGACCCGUUGCGGUGUGGGCAAAUUGAUUUUAUUCGAUUACGAUAAAGUUGAAUUGGCCAAUAUGAAUCGUUUGUUCUUCACGCCGGAUCAGGCUGGCCUAUCCAAGGUGGAGGCAGCUGCGAAAACAUUGACGUUCAUCAAUCCAGAUGUUAGCAUUGAAACACACAAUUACAAUAUAACAACAGUAGACUCCUUUGAUAAAUUCCUCGACACUAUUGCCCAUGGUGGUUUGCAGGCAGGACAACCUGUUGAUUUGGUUUUGAGUUGUGUUGACAACUUUGAGGCCAGAAUGGCCAUUAAUACAGCCUGUAAUGAACUCGGUUUGAAUUGGUUUGAAUCAGGUGUGUCGGAGAAUGCUGUUUCGGGGCAUAUACAAUUUAUACGUCCCGGCGAAACCGCUUGUUUUGCUUGUGCUCCACCCCUGGUUGUGGCUGAGAACAUUGAUGAGAAAACCCUGAAACGUGAAGGUGUUUGUGCUGCAUCCUUACCCACCACAAUGGGCAUUACCGCCGGCAUGUUGGUACAAAAUACAUUAAAAUAUUUGCUUAACUUUGGCGAAGUUUCCGAUUAUUUGGGCUACAAUGCCAUGAAUGAUUUCUUCCCUAAAAUGACUCUCAAGCCAAAUACCCAAUGUGAUGAUAGACAUUGUCUGGCUCGCCAAAAGGAAUUUGCAGCCAAACCGAAACCUGUUAAAGAGGAGGUCGUCGAGGAAACAAAUGAACAGCUGCAUGACGAUAAUGAGUGGGGUAUUGAAUUGGUUGAUGAUUCCCAACCCGAGGAAGUGGCGAAACCAACGGAAGCUUCCAAUGUUACAGAAGGUCUACGCUUGGCCUAUGAGGCUCUAGUCCAAGAUGAUACAGCAAGUGCUAAUACCGUAUCGGCUGCUGAUGUUAAUUUGGAAGACUUAAUGGCUCAAAUGAAAUCCAUGUAAAAGUGCCUUCACACACACAUUUGACACGAUUAGAUUGUAUUUAAUUCCUAUUAUAAUUCCAUUUAUUUUGUUGCGUUCUAUUAUUUGUAAAAUUCUUCUAUUUAUGUGUAUUUUUUGUGCAAUGUUGAGUAUUUUUGUAUGAGAUUUUUUACAUAUAUACUGUGAGAAUAAAUUCUUUUUCAGAUAUUGCGUAUAAA